GUGUUAUAGUGUUUCAGUCUCCAGUUUCUACUUCUGUUAGGCGGUUCAGGGUAACGAAGAUAAAAUGCACAUACUAACCCAAAGCUGUGUCCUAUUUGUGUGGAUGCAUACACUGACCUUUGUGAAAAGUCAAGACUGCACACGCAAACAGUUUGUGGAUAGCCCCCUGUUUGAUGACAGUUUUGACACAAGUGAUCUGGAGGCCAGCUACAGUGCUGGAAAACAAGUGAGAGUGAGCUGCAGAGUUGGCUUCAGUGGCUUCAUCCAACUCAUCUGUAUCGAGGGACAAUGGCUGUCUAGAGGCACUAAAUGUCAACCCAUAUCAUGUGGUCAUCCCAGCAAGGCCCAGUUUGCAGAUUUUCGUCUGGAAAAGGGAGAGGAUUUUGUCUUUGGAUCACAAGUAGUAUACACCUGCCACAAAGGGUAUCAAAUGGUCAGUCGCACAAACUUCCGGCGUUGCAUGACUGAAGGCUGGAAUGGUACGGUUCCUGUCUGUGAAGCCAAGCAGUGUCCAGUGAUUCAUUUGGACAGUAAAGUCCACGUGAAUGGGGACCCAGACGAGGCAACCUAUGGCAAUGUAGUUCGAUUCAGCUGCAAAUCCAACUCUGAAAUGCUGGAUGGGUCAGCAGAGAUAUAUUGUGAUGAAAACGGAGAGUGGAUCGGCAAAGUUCCAACAUGCAAAGCUAUAACAUGUGCAGUACCUGCGAUUGAAAAUGGUUACGUGACUGAAGAUAUCCAAGAGUACAAAGAACGUGAAGUCCUGCAUUUUGAGUGUGAUCCUAAUUAUAGACGCGGUGAAGACAGACCAUCACAAUGCACUAAACUGGGAGUACAAGCAGAAUGGAGCCCCACACCUGUGUGUGAACCAAUAACAUGUAAACUACAACUGCCGCCACUGGAAGGAACCAGGUAUGAACCUAUUUUCAGAAAUGUGUUUUUACCUGGUGACCUACUGACAGUCAAUUGUGGAGAGAAGUACUGGAUUUCUAACCCUCAAAACACCUCAGCUGUAACUACAUGCAAAGAUAAUGGAGAGUGGACCAUCAGACCGAUAUGCAAAGAGGUUAUAUGCAGCAAUCAAAGAGACCGACAUGUGUAUUCAUGGAAUGUCAAUUGGAGGCAACGAAUAACAUUGGGUGAGACUACACCUUAUAGGUGUACAACAGGCUACAUGGAAAGCGCCACCGAGGCCACAUGCACCAGAGAUGGGUGGAAACCAAAUCCACUUUGUCAAGAAAUAACAUGCGACAGACGUGAUUUUGAGACUGCAGAUGUUGUCAGGAAUAACAAGCAGAAAUACAGAUACAAUGAAGAGGUCGAUUAUGUCUGCAAGGAAGGUUAUCGAGGAAGGUUUACUCUAACCUGUAAGGAUAGAGGUUGGACCGGGAAUUCACAAUGUAGCGGUAAGUAUGUACGUACUUACUGUAUGCAUGUAUGUAUGUAUAUUAUUACACAGAAUGUCACUAGUACAAAUUUAAAACUGACAUUUAUAUCCGUUUUAAAUGCACAAGUUGAAACUCAUUAAUAUAAAUUUGUCGUGUUUGAAUGUUUGUGUCGUUUUGAUUUUCAGAAAUGACAUGAGACUGACGUGAUUUUCAGAAUGCUGAUGUUGUCCGGAAUAACAAGCAGCAAUACAGCUACAAUGACCAAGUCAUAUAUACCUGCAAGG